AUGGCGUCCAAGGUUGAGCUGGUGGUGGAGGUCAAGUCCCCGGCGGACAAGCUGUGGGCGGCGCUGCGCGACUCCACGGAGCUGUUCCCCAAGAUCUUCCCCGAGCAGUACAAGAGCAUCGAGAUCGUCGAGGGCGACGGCAAGUCCGCCGGCACCGUCCGCCUCCUCAAGUACACCGGGGCGGUGCCGAUGCUGACGUUCGCCAAGGAGAAGCUGGAGGUGGCGGACGACGAGAACAAGGUGGUGUCGUACAGCGUGGUGGACGGCGAGCUGGUGGACUUCUACAAGAACUUCAAGAUCACGCUGCAGGUGGCCCCGGCCAAGGCGGCGCCGGAGGGCGAGGCCGAGGCCGGCGCCGGCGCCGUCGUCAACUGGACCAUGGAGUUCGACAAGGCCAACGACCAGGUGCCCGACCCGGACGUCAUCAAGGAGACCGCCACCAAGACGUUCCACGACCUCGACGACUACCUCCUCAAGAACUAG